ACGCUUCCAUGGCGCAGUUCGUGUUCGAGAGUGACCUGCACUCGUUGCUGCAGCUGGAUGCACCCAUCCCCAAUGCACCCCCUGCGCGCUGGCAGCGCAAAGCUAAGGAAGCUGCGGGACCGGCCCCCUCACCCAUGCGGGCCGCCAACCGAUCCCACAGCGCAGGCAGGACCCCAAGCCGAACACCCGGCAAAUCUAGCUCCAAGGCACAGACCACUCCCAGCAAACCUGGUGGUGACCGCUAUAUCCCCCAUCGCAGCGCUUCCCAGAUGGAAGUGGCCAGUUUCCUCCUAAGCAAGGAGAACCAGCCUGAAAAUAGCCAGACGCCCACCAAGAAGGAACAUCAGAAAGCCUGGGCUUUGAAUCUGAACGGCUUUGAUGUGGAGGAAGCCAAGAUCCUUCGGCUCAGUGGAAAACCACAAAAUGCCCCAGAGGGUUACCAGAACAGACUGAAAGUGCUUUAUAGCCAGAAGGCCACGCCUGGCUCCAGCCGGAAGACCUGCCGUUACAUUCCUUCCCUACCAGACCGUAUCUUGGACGCCCCUGAAAUCCGGAAUGACUACUACCUGAACCUUGUGGACUGGAGCUCUGGGAAUGUACUGGCUGUGGCGUUGGACAACAGUGUGUACUUGUGGAGUGCUAGCUCUGGUGACAUCUUGCAGCUGCUGCAAAUGGAGCAGCCUGGGGACUAUAUAUCUUCUGUGGCCUGGAUAAAAGAGGGCAACUACCUAGCUGUGGGCACCAGCAGUGCCGAGGUGCAGCUAUGGGAUGUGCAGCAGCAGAAGCGGCUUCGAAACAUGACCAGUCAUUCGGCUCGAGUGGGCUCCCUAUGCUGGAACAGCUAUAUCCUGUCCAGUGGCUCACGCUCUGGCCAUAUCCACCACCAUGAUGUUCGGGUAGCAGAACACCAUGUGGCCACACUGACUGGCCACAGCCAGGAGGUGUGUGGGCUGCGCUGGGCCCCAGAUGGACGACAUUUGGCCAGUGGUGGCAAUGAUAACGUGGUCAAUGUGUGGCCUAGUGCUCCCGGAGAGGGUGGCUGGGUUCCCCUGCAGACAUUCACCCAGCAUCAAGGGGCUGUCAAGGCUGUAGCCUGGUGUCCCUGGCAGUCCAACGUCCUGGCAACUGGAGGGGGUACCAGUGACCGGCACAUUCGCAUCUGGAACGUCUGCUCUGGGGCCUGUCUGAGUGCUGUGGAUGCCCAAUCCCAGGUGUGCUCCAUCCUCUGGUCUCCCCACUACAAGGAGCUCAUCUCGGGCCACGGCUUUGCCCAGAACCAGUUGGUUAUUUGGAAAUACCCAACCAUGGCCAAGGUGGCUGAGCUUAAAGGUCACACUGCCCGGGUCCUAAGUCUGACCAUGAGCCCAGACGGGGCCACGGUGGCAUCGGCAGCAGCAGAUGAGACCCUGAGGCUGUGGCGCUGCUUUGAGUUGGACCCUGCACGGCGGCGGGAGCGGGAGAAAGCCAGUGCAGCCAAAAGCAGCCUCAUUCACCAAGGCAUCCGUUGAGGACCAACUCAUCACCUCAGUUUUUUGUUUUUGUUUUUUAUUUUUCUAAUAAAGUCAUGUCUCUCUCU